AUGAAGAGAAAGUAAAUAAUAAAAUCGUAUUUGGCACAUUUUUUCCUGCCGUGCAUUCUUCUGUGACGAAUUAUGCACAAGACCGACCUACUAAUCUUAUCAAGCAAAGAGCGGAAAUAAUGCUUUUACAUCACCUGCACAUUCAAAAUUAAAGCGGAGAGAAUUCUCGUCUUUCAAGAUUAGACACGUUUUAUUCUGCAGGCUACCCAAAUAAAUUUUUGGUAUCUGAGCAUUGUUUGUGCGUAAUUGGAAUUCCUUUUGCAUUAUUGAGUCAGAGAGCAACGCAACAUGAACAACGUUUUAGAAUUCUUGGGUGAGGUAGAGUCCGUGCUGUUGGCGCUGGUCGUGGUGGCCUUGACGACCUGGACCCUGAUAAUCUACUCGUGGGUCCAAAAUGAGCUGCAGUCUCGUUUCUGCCUGGAUGAUGAAUCAGCAUCUCCGUGCAAAGGGCGCCAAAAGAAUCCAAUUUGCAGUGACAAACGAGCCGCAGCUGAGUCGAUUGUGGUCCGCCACGGUCCAGUCAACUACUACAUAACCUACAAAUGCACCUUCUUCAAAAGGACAGUGACCUCAACCCCAAAAGUCAGAGAUCAGGUUUCGACCUACACUGACGUCGUGGAAGGCGAAGACAACAAUGAGAUCCUUCCCUGCGCCCAAAACUCAACGGACGAGAGACAGGAUUCGUGCAAGCGUUGCGCUGCCCCGAUUUCUACCUCUGACCAACCUGAGAGCUGCAACACCUCAUUUGAAAUCCUCUCGUUAUCGGAAAUCGCUUCUUGA